AGUGGCUGGUUAUUUAGGACUGGAAGCUGCCGAUAAAAACAAGCCUCACCUUCGAGACUCUGCGACUGACUUUCUCUUCUCCUCCGGCUUUGCUGUUUUCUGCCCUCUUGCUAACAUGGAAGCAUCAUGCCUAGUUGUCCUGCUCAGGUUAUGCGUCCAGAUAUUAACCCUCCCUGCUUACUUGCUAUGGUACCUGGGUAUCUGGGACCCAGUUUGUAAGAAGUUAUUCCCCCACAUGUUGGCUGUGUUGAGCUUCCUUUAUAAUAAGUGGAUGUAUGACAAGAAAAAGGAAAUGUUCAGCAACCUGAAGGACUUUGCCGGUCCCACGGGGGCCCUCACACUUUUGGAGAUUGGCACAGGAACCGGCACCAACUUUCAGUUCUACCCUGCAGGAUGCAAAAUCAUAUGCAGUGAUGUGAACCCCAACUUCCAGAAGUUUAUUGACAAGAGCCUGGCUAAAAAUCCACACGUGCAGGUGGAAUGCUGUUUGGUGGCUCCAGCUGAGGACAUGCACCAGGUACCAGCUGCAUCGGUGGAUGUGGUGGUUUCAACGGUGGUGCUAUGCUCUGUGAAGAGCCAGGAGCAAGUUAUGAAAGAAAUUCUACGAGUGCUGAGACCAGGUGGCGCUUACUUCUUCCUAGAACACGUUGCAGGUGCUCCUUCUAGCUGGAAUCUCUUCUGGCAGCAGAUCUAUGAUCCAAUUUGGCAAUGUCUGUUUGACAGGUGCCAUUUGACCAGAGAAACCUGGAAGAACCUGGAAAAAGCUGGCUUCUCAGAGCUGAAGCUACGGCACAUACUUGCCCCUUUAAUAUUCAACCUUAUUAAGCCACAUAUCAUAGGUUAUGCUGUAAAGUAGCUUGGAAAUAAAUUACUGAACAAGAUCUCCAUGCAGGUGUCUCUGGGAUGGGGUGUAGAACCUAAUCGUGAGAAUUAUAGGACAGCCCAUCACUAUGUCUCCUUUGGCCUGUGAACCUCUUGCACAAGCUGUAAGUGGACACACACACAUGUAUGUUAUUGUCAAUCCAUUUUUAAUUUCCAUUUGACAGACUGUCCAGCUACCUUCACUUUCCACAUUCCAGCUGCUCCCAUGCAGAUGUGAACGUUGCCCUCAUUCACUUCCAAAUGAGGAUGCAUGAACUACCAUGACUAUUUUCCCUGGAAGCAUCUGAUUCCCAUGGAGGUUGGAAUAUCAG